UUUGACUUUUUAUUCCAGGUGAUCUGUGGUAUAGAUCAGCAAAGCUUUUGUUCAUUGCCUUUACUCAGACUUGCACCACAGAUAUUUUGAAUAGGCAUAUCGACUCUAGCACCCGCCACUCACCACCAUGUCCUCCCUCCGCAACGCCGUUCAACGAAGAAACCACCGGGAGAGAGGCCAACUCGCCUCCCGAGAACGGUUAGGUCUCCUCGAAAAACACAAAGACUAUGUCCUCCGAGCCCGAGACUACCACAAAAAGCAAAAUGCUCUCAAAACACUCCGUCAAAAGGCCGCCUUCCGGAAUCCUGAUGAGUUCUACUUUGGCAUGAUCAAUGCAAAAACCAAGAAGGGUGUACAUAUUGUGGAACGACAAGAGAAAUUUGAGCAUGAUUUCUUGCGAUUGUUAAAGACGCAGGAUCAGAACUAUGUAAAUUAUCAAAGGAGUAUCAAUGGGAAGAAGAUUGAGAGGUUAAAGGAUCGACUACACAUGUUGGAAGGUGAGGAGGAGGAGGAAGAGGAGGAGGAAGACGGGAUGGAAUUGGGGGAUGAGAGUGAUGGAGAGGGUGAAAGUGAGCCAAGAGUAAAGUCGAAACCAAGACAUACGAUUUUUGUGGAUGAUGAGGCGGAAGCCAAAGCCUUUGAUCCAUCAACCUACUUUGACACCCCCGCCGAGCUCCUCCAUCGAAAAUUCAACCGGCCCACAACUGCCAUGCUCAAAACGGCCGAUAUAUCCCUACCCGAUCCAAAAACCCAAAAAAAGCUGGACAAGCAGCGUGAAAGUUCCUAUCGGGAACUGUCAUCCCGUCUUGCUCGUGAGGAACAAUUGCGGAAAGCUCAAUUGGAGAUGGAGUUACAAAAGAAUUUGAUGGGAAAAGGUGCCAAGAAGAAGGUUGGGGUGGAUCAGCAGGGGUUGCCGGUAUAUAAGUGGAAAGCGCAGAGAAAGAAGUAGCGAUGGUAAAUAGUUUGUAUAUUAGCCCAUGGCGUUAGAUUUGUCAUUGUAUUUAUAGAAUAGCACGACUAGCGUGAAUAGUGUAGUGGAUAUGCCUUGGUAGGCUGGAAAUUUGUCAACCACCCUUGCCAUACUUGAGCGGGUUGCCGAGAAUCAGCAAGGCGUUUGAACCACUGUGGGAAACUCACCAGGUUUCGGCGGGACGCCUUACUGAAUUCCAACGAAAAGGGCGAAAACGGAACAUACUACCCAAAACCAAAAGCACAUAAUACUGCGUUUGCAUCUAUUCUAUAUGUGAUAUGCAUUGCCCAUCAUCUACCUUUAUAACAAAGCUACAAUUCACCCAGA